UUGUUAAUUUGUCCACCACCGGAAGAACUGUUCAGUCGGACGCAGGAGCGGAAGGAACAUGUUGACAUUCUUUGAGCAGGUGUUGUUUCCUCUCCUCAGGCUUUACUUGUGUGGAAUCAAAGUUCUCAUCUAUCAGACGUUCAACAGACCCUUUUCGCUGCCAGUCUUACCAAAGCAGAAUGGAAGAGUUGCCAUUGUUACUGGGGGCACAAGAGGAAUGGGCUAUGAGACCGCAAGAUACCUGGCAAGACUCGGCAUGCAUGUUAUCAUCGCUGGGAAUGAGAAAGAAGAAGGCAUGGCUGCUGCAAGGACAAUUCAGGCAGAAUGCUUUGAGGGGAAAGCUGAGUUUAUCUUUCUGGACCUGACUUCCCAGAAAUCAGUACGGCAGUUUGCUGAAACGUUCAAGAGCAGAGGUCUUCCUCUACAUGUUUUGGUCAACAAUGCUGGGACCAUGCUAGUUCCAGAGAGACAGACAGAAGAUGGCUUUGAGUUCCACUUUGCUCUCAACUACCUCGGCCACUUCCUACUCACCAACCUGCUGCUCGACUUACUCAAGAAAUCCGGGAGGGCGGGCUGCUGUUCCCGGAUUGUCAACAUGUCGUCUGCAACACAUUAUGCUGGGGUUAUACAUUUGGACGACCUCAACAGGAGGGCGUAUUACAGUUCCCAUGGUGCCUACGCCCAAAGCAAACUAGCUUUGGUCCUCUUCACCUACCAUCUGCAAGAGCAGAUGGUGGCCAGUGGUUCCUCGGUGAUCGUCAAUGCUGUGGAUCCGGGAAUGGUGGACACGGCGCUGUACGACAACUUGUGGACCCUUGCUCAGAUGAUGAAAAAGCCGUUUGCCAAGAUUUUGUUUAGGACUCCUGAAGAGGGCGCCACCAUAAGUGUCUACGCUGCUGUUGCCUCUGAGAUGGAAGGGGUGGGUGGCUGCUACCUCUACAACGGCCAGAAGAGGCAGUCAGCCAGCGCAUCCUACGACAUGGAGCUGCAGGCGGACUUGUGGAAAAAGAGCUGUCAGCUCGCAGGCCUUCACAAGGCCUGAUAUGCAAGGUCUUUUUAAAGUACUGGAUACUCCACAACCACACCGUGUUGCCUUGACUGUGGGUGUCAUCACCUGACAAAGUGUGUCUUUUCUCAGCAUCCAUAUCUGUACAUCUGUUAUAUUUUAACUGAUUAUACUUGAACUGGAGUAAAUACCUUCAUCAAUUUUCA